UCAUUGGCCGAGUCCUCCGGGAACGGGGCCAAUAGGAACAGGAACAAUAGAGCCUCAGCACCAAUGGACAGCACCGACGGGGGCGGGAACAAAGAGACCAGGAAAUGUAGUCACUGCCGUCAAUACGCACAUGGAGGUGUUGUUAAAGGUGCCUCGGGGGCUGGUCCCCGGGUCAGUGUCGGCAGAUGGCUGAGGGGGCCGGGGAGAGGGUGGCUCUGCAAGGCCACUUCCAGCCCGUGGACCCGGGACUUGGUGAUGGAGAGCCAGCUGAUGCCCAUCCCACCUUUGACCUGGCUGAGACCUCCCUGGGUGGGGGCCCUCUGUGUAGUCCCAGUUUUCAGCAACAGCAGGAACUGGAGUUGCAGGAGCCGCCCAGGCAGGUGCCCCUGGAGUGUGCCAGUGUGCAGGCCCGGGGGAUACUGACUCUGGGGAGGCCUGCCCCACCACUGCUGGCACCAGAAGAGGAAGCCAAGAACAGAAAGCGGCCAUGGUCCGCCAACGGGCCCAGCCUUGGCCCUCCCUUCCCACGGGGGAUAAGUGUCCCAGAUCUGCCAGCUGCUUUUUUCUUCCCAAGUGGUGGCUCCAACAGCCUGGACAUUCGAGCUGGGGGCCUCCAGGACACUCCCCGCUUCCCAAGGACGCAGGAACCCCUGCGGGCCGCCCGCCCUACCCCUGCCCAGCUGGGCCCCCCCCCACCUGUCUUGAGCCGGUUGAGCACAGAGCCAGUAGAGCCUCUGCCCUCAGAAGGCACCUGCCCUUGGGCGGCCGGAGGGGGCAAAGUCACGGGGCUGUAUGCCGAACUAGUGAAAGAGUUGGAGUUACAGAUGGCAGAGCUUCGGAGGCUGCUGGUCUCUAGGGAAGAAGCAGCUCUGCGGCAAGAGAGGAGAAUCCGUGAGCUGGAACUGGAAAAUCAGCAGCUCAAGGGUCAACUGCGGAGCCUAGAGGAACAGAACGAUCUGUUGUCCAGCACCCGCGGUGGCGAGGGGGUCAAAGAGGCCUCUCCCAACAGCAGCCUCAGCGCUGGGAGCCGCAGCCUGGCCAUCCCUAUGGGUGUGGCCUCUCUCUUCUCAGAUGUCAACGAAGGAAACAUCCAGUUCCUCAAAGGCCUGGCGUGGCUACUGGAGAGCAACAUGGCACUACAGGCGAACGGUCUUCCAGCACCGCUUCCCACAUCACCACCUGUGGAACCCAAGGGACUUCCCGCUGAGGCCCCACGAUCCCCACCAGUCUGUAAGCUGCGAGUAGGACUCCCCAGUGGCUUUCCAGCGUGGUUGAACUCUGAGGAUGGGGUGGGCAGCCCUGCUACGCUGAGUGAGGCCACCUGCCUGUGGGAGGAGAAUGUGCAGGAUACACUGCCCGAUGGAACCCCUGUGUGGGCGUCACCUGUAGAGGAGAAUGGGAGACCCAAACUGGAGCUGAUCCCCAACUCGGGGGUCUACAUCACUCACCACCAGCUAGAUGACCUCUCUCAGGUAUCAACAGACAAACCCAAGCUGAUGACCAGGCGUAUGUUGGAUUAUUUCUUCUCUCGGGAGACACUGGCUCGCUCCUCUGCCACUGGGCAACGAAUUGCACACAAUAACACCACCAUGGAGAAGCCCAUCCGGCUGCCUGUUGCUGUAGUCAAUGCCAUCAAAGAAUAUGUCACCAAGGUGUGUGGCCGUGGCUGUAACUUUAAUGCCGUCAUCAACAGCAAGUGUGGGACCUCAAGGAGGGCAGUCAAGAAGAUGAUUGUAAAGAUGGAGUGAGUGGGGUGAGGGGGGUGGGCCAGGUCCUACAAUCUGCUGGCAGAUACAUUAUUUUUAAAAAGCACCCUCCAAGCAAGCACUGCACCAUCAGGAGCUGUCUUCAGGAAAGUCAUGGUUUUCUGGGCAUAUUCCUGUUCUGAGGGCUAUAUCGGAAUUGAAUCCUAGUAUCUAGGAUCUCAUGUGAGCUGUGGAGUCUGGUCAGCUGGGCAGAGAAGAGAAAAAAAAAGUGAGGGAAUGAUUUUGUUGUCCCAUUCCCUUUGGCACUGCAGGCUUUGGGAAGGGCAGCCAGAGCUGAGGACUAGGUGGCCAGAGACUAUACAAUCUCCCCAACACCGCGCUCUUAUGUCCAUGUACAUUCUGGAAUCAAGCGAUGUUAUUUGGGGUAGUGAAAGGGAGCCUCACUGAAUGACCAGCUCCAUGCAGGGUUUAUGUUGGUCUCCCCUACCAGAGGUCUGUCUGCAGAGCAGGCAUCUUGAGAGAUCAAAAUUCAUGACCAAAAGACUUCACAGACUUUCUUGUACAUAAGCCAGAACAUUUCAAAUAAAGGUUGGAUUAAACCAAGGUCACUGCUGCUGCUGAUUGCCACAUCCUUCCAUUCUUUCUAGAUCAUGGGAUUUUAGAGGUAGGGAGAACUACAGCAUCUUUAGUCCAUUGGGGAAGUGCUUUGCUCAAGACCACUCACGUGCUAAACAAACAACAGUUAAGAGGCAAACUAGUGUGACCUCUGGGUCCUGAUGAUCUGUACUCUUCAGAACUCAGGUGGACUUGCAAGUUGCUACUCUUUCCUGUUGAUAAAAGGGCCUGUCUCAGGGGAAUUAAAGAGGAAGAUGCUUGGUCAGUGUCCACAUUUAGAGUUUUGAAACUUUCCUUAGAAACAGUUGCCAGGAAAGGGAAAAACCCUUGCUACCUGGGGGAAAAAGCAUAAGAACAGGGGUCUUCUGCUGAGGCAGAAAAGAGGCUGAUUUAUUAUUUAAUGCUAGAAUUUAGCAGUGUUUAAAACAAAAUAUUGUUUGCCAGUAUAGCAUAUCUGGGCUGGAGGAAUGGUGUUCAGAUUUAUGAUUUUGUCAGUGUAGAGUUCCCCGUGAGAAUUUUUUUUUUUUUUUUUAAACACAGAUGGGCAACUGUUCUGUUAACUAAUCAUCUUUAAUUGCUAGUGGAAAAAUAAGUUAGACACAACUCAUGACCCUGCCUUUCAAGGUUUAAGAGUCCCUAAACCUCCUGUUCUUAAUACCUGAGUUCCAAGUGGCUGUCGUGUACAAUUAGUAAGGAAGCAUUGAAAAAUGAAAAAACAUGGAACCUGCUAGAUCUCUCCUGCCACCCAACAUGUUGUAGAUAUGGAUACUGGCUCUAGUUCAUUAGGACAUGGUUUUAGAGGACAGCACCAACUACAAGUUCUCUGAGACAAGUAAUGACAAUGCUAGCUUCAUUUUGCCAUUAAGGAAACAGAUUUAGAAAGUUAAAUGACUUGUCUUUGGCUAGUGGGUUGAGAUUGGGAUUCAAAUCUCAGUUUGCCAAUUCUAAGAUUAGCAGCUAUGUGCCAUUCAGCCUCCAUGCUGUUAAGUGGAAAGUUGCCCAGAAAACACU